AUGGAUGAUUUAUUUGUCUAUGGGAGCUUUUCAGCAGACAAUAACUACUCUGUAGACAGCAGUUACCCACCAGCACAAACAUCCAGCAUCUCCACUUUAUCAUCAGAUGAAAUGCAGAAUGCAGAGCCACCUAGCUAUAAUAGGCAGCUGAGACUAGUCACCAUGAGUAUUAUCUUUGCAGUGGCAUUAGUGGGGAACUUAGUGGUACUCUACAAGAUCUGUGCUGGCAAAGAUAAGAAGAGGAAAAUUAACUUUCUCAUCACCCACCUGGCUCUUGCAGACCUGUAUGUGUCCAUCAUAACCCUCUUCUCUCAAAUAGUGUGGGAGCUCCUGGAAGAUGAGUGGCUUGUAGGAGAUGUUGCUUGCAGGAUCUUCAAAGUUCUACAGGUCUUUGGACUGAUUGCAUCUUCAAAUAUAAUAGCCAUAGUUGCACUGGAAAGACACCAUGUAAUCAUGAACCCAUUAAGUACCCCUCUGCCCACCCGAUGUCUGGCAGCUUUGGGGUGGUUGCUUUCUUUACUUUUUUCCAUCCCACAGGCACUUGUCUUCAAAGUCAGCUAUAAUGGUCAUGGAUACAGGUGUCAUAAUAUAUUUGGCCAGCUUCCCAAAUGGCACUUUCAAGCCUACAUCAUAUACAGUUCAGUGACAGUUUUCUUCUUACCCUUCUGCAUCUUAGUCUUGGCAUACAGCCGUAUUUUGUGGGUCAUCUGGAAAAAGGGAAAGCAAGCUAAACCUCCAACUCCUCAAACUGGUAAACACCAGGUAAGCCAGAAUACGCAGAUGACCAAGAGACCCCUGAGGCUAGUAGCUACCAAUAGCUGCAUACCCAGAGCUAAGGUGAAGACCCUGAAAAUGACAUUAGUUAUCAUUAUUCUCUUCAUAGUUUGCGGACUUCCUUAUUUCAUUGUGGAGAUGAAAGUAGCAUUUGGUACCAUUACAGGUCUGGAUGGGGAAGUCAUGGCUGUGCUGGGGAUCUUUGUAGUAACCAACAGUGCAGUGAACCCCUAUAUAUAUCUCUUUUUCAGAACUAACAAUGUCUACCUUAGGAGAUUAGAGAAAAAAAUAUGCUUCUCCUGUUGCCUUAGUGAAAACAAAGAGAUCACCUUCCGCAGAGAGCUUCUACCCUCUUGUGCACCUACUCCCAGAAGAGAGCGGUCAAGUACCACCACCUCAGAGGUAGAGUCAUCCUCCUCCUUAAACCGCUUAGUAUCCUUCCUCCAGCCUGUGGGGACACAGAAGGAUUUGGGUGCAACUUGUAAUAGUUGCAUUUGA